AUGACCAUUGAAUACUUACUUUUGACAUAUUUAUUGUUAGAUGAUUUGAGUACGGGUUUCGUGCCUUCAACCGAGGAGUUUCGAUUCCUACCAUUUAUUGGGGGAUGGGGUGGGGAUAGGGGUGCACUCUAUUCUCGACCGAGAGUGGAGGAACUGCUCUCCAUUCUGGAGAAAUUCCGAUCCUUCUUUGAGACUUCUGUCCUUCCCUACGUGGACUGUUACAUAAGACCUUUGAUGUUGAUUUCAGAUUCCUACGAUAUCGAUCGAAAAUUGAGUGGUUAA